AUGUACUUCUUUUUCGGUGCAAGAUCAAUUACCGAGUCCCAGGACUCUAAUCGGGAGGACGAAGAAUUUGUGGCACCCGACAGAGACAAGUCAUUCCUAUCGAAAAGUGGAUUUCGCGAAGUGCAAACGCAGCGUCACGUUACUCCGUCACUAAGCGAGCCGGGUGGCCGAGCAAACUUGUUUGACAGGAGCGACCACGUGCUCAUGUUGACAAGAGUGCCAGGAGCUGGCGGAGAGGUCCUGGUGCUGAUCCUUCAGCGUCUCCAGGGACAUAACGCGUUCAAGCACAUCCGACUUCCUCCAGGAGACGAGGGACUCCUCUCGACGCUUCAACAGGAACUUCUCGUGGAGGAAAUUACCAGCAUCGUCAGGCAGGAAGCCAUUCCUUUGACUUUCGACGGGGAUCUCAGGUUCCUCAAUUUCACCGCGUUUGGGAGACAGUCGCCGACCUUCCUUUCCCUGGUCAGGGACCCUUUGGAUCCGAAGGUCUUCGCUAAGUAUCGCAGGAAGGAUCUGACGAUACCGUAUUCAGGAUCCAUCUCCCAUUUCUGUGGCCAGGACACUCGAUGCACCCGUAGAAACAGUAGAUGGGCGCUGGAAAGAGCCAAGGACAACGUGUCCAGGUGGUACCCCGUGGUCGGUCUUCUGGACCACAUGGACGUCACCCUUAAGGCGCUCGAAAAUACAUUUCCAUACUUCUUCGGCGGUGCUUCCGAGGUGUACAAGCGAAUCCAACCGACGAAGAUCGGCGCUAACGAUCGGCACGCUUCGAUGAAGGUGACGGCGAAAAAGCGCCUCAGGGAGAUUCUCGCUAAGGAAGUGGAAUUCUACCAGUGGCUAAAGUCUCGGCUCUUCAAUAAGACCGGCUUUGGAGUCGGAUGAAAAAUAAUUCCUGGUCCACUCUAGGAAUUAUUCGGAAGAAGUCCGAAAGGCGCUUUAUGGGGAGUCGUAGGGACCAGCUCCAAGAGUCAUGGCAAGGUGUGGUCCCGUAGAAUCCAGGAUUCUUGUGGAAUCGCUGAUGCUAAGGCCAGAUAUAGAAACUAGGAACUAAUCGCUGAUGAUUUCAUCGGUCAGUUGUUCACGGAGAUCUGCGUUUCUCAACCGGGAUUGGAUUUUGGAGUUGGACGAAGAAGCUUCUUCCACUCCAGGAAUUAUUUGGAAGGUCGAAAGGCACUUUAUGGGGAGUCGUAGGGACCAGCUCCAAGAGUCAUGGCUGAUGCUAAG